AUGUUAACGUCUAUAGGUUGUGGAGUCCUGGUGCUUACUAUUGAGGGUUGUGUAGGUGUGCUGCUAACAUAUCUGGGUUGUGAAGAUGUGGUAUUCACUACUCUGGAUUGCUGUGGAGCUGUUCAGUCUACAACUGUGGAUUGUGGAGCUGUGAUAUUAACGUCUAUAGGUUGUGGAGUCCUGGUGCUUACUAUUGAGGGUUGUGGAGGUGUGGUGCUAACAUAUCUGGAUUGUGAAGAUGUGGUAUUCACUACUCUGGAUUGUUGUGGAGCUGUUGGGUUUACAACUUUGGAUUGUGGAGCUACGAUGUUAACCUAUAUAGGUUGUGCAGUCAUGGUGCUUACUAUUGAGGGUUGUGUGCGGAGGUGUGUAGCUAACAUAUCUGGGUUGUGA